UUCAGUAGUGCCACCAACUCAAAUCGGAGCUCUCCUGCUAGCUCACCCGUCCUGCAAAAGCACUCUCGCUCAUCUAUGACCCAGCUGAGCCCUGAGGCUGACAGUACAAUGGUGGAGAAGGGCUCAUCAGACCAGGUGUUGGACCGUUCCCCCACCACCCCCGAACAGCUGCAAUCCACCCAGAACCAACGCCCCAACUCCCAGUCUGCCCAUCUCACCAACAUCAACACACGCAGUGGUGGCAAGAACUCCAAGAAAAGUCAGAGCUGGUACAAUGUACUGAGUCCAACCUACAAGCAACGCAAUGAAGACUUCAGGAAGCUUUUCAAGCAGCUGCCUGACUCUGAGCGCCUCAUUGUGGACUACUCCUGUGCCCUUCAGCGGGAUAUCCUCCUGCAGGGACGCCUCUACCUCUCAGAGAACUGGAUUUGUUUCUACAGCAAUAUCUUCCGAUGGGAAACCCUGCUGAUGGUUCGAUUAAAGGACAUCUGCUCCAUGACCAAGGAGAAGACGGCCCGUCUCAUCCCCAAUGCCAUCCAGCUGUGCACUGACAACGAAAAGCACUUUUUCACCUCAUUUGGGGCGAGGGACCGGACGUACAUGAUGAUGUUCAGGCUGUGGCAGAACGCUCUCCUAGAAAAGCCUUUAUGUCCAAAAGAGCUGUGGCACUUUGUCCAUCAGUGUUAUGGUAAUGAACUUGGUCUAACCAGUGAUGAUGAGGACUACGUCCCUCCUGAUGAGGACUUCAACACCAUGGGGUACUGUGAGGAGCUGCCCGUGGAGGAAAACAACGAGCCCAACGACACCCUCGCCAAGAACGCAGAGGCAAAGCCGGAUGUCAGCCCCGUACUGCCCCACAAAGCCUUCCGCAACGCCGCACCACCAGAGCUGGCCAACACUGAAUCUCCAGUCUCUUAUGACCUGGCUCCUGUGGAGGACAUUCCUCACACGGACCUCCUGAUCCUCGCCACAUCUGAGGACCCCAGCGGCCAGCAAGCCCCCUCACCGUUACUGGACCUCAAUGACAACGAGGAGCUACCGACUGAGCUCAGCGACUCAUCUGAGACACAUGACGAAGGUGAGGUGCAGGCCUUCCAACAGGACCUGAGUGGCAGGCAAUACAUCAACAGGGUGUACAAGUUUGGUGUGGACAAGAUGUAUGACCUACUUUUCACCGAGUCUGAGUUCAUGAGGGACUUUCAGGUGCAGAGGAGAUUCUCAGACGUGGUCUAUCACCCAUGGAGAAAAGAGCAGGAUGGUAACCAGACCAGAGACAUCAUGUAUGCCAUCGCCCUAAAUAACCCUCUGGCUCCCAAGACAGCAACAGUUACCGAGACACAGACUCUGCACAAGGCAAGUCAAGAGAACGAGUGCUACAUCAUUGAUGCUGAGGUGAUCGCCCAUGAUGUGCCCUACCAUGACUACUUCUGCACUCUCAACCGCUACAUGCUCACCAGGGUGGCCAAGAACACAUGUCGUCUCAGGGUGUCAACAGAACUUCAUUACAGGAAGCAGCCAUGGGGGCUGGUGAAGGGAUUCAUUGAAAGGAACUGCUGGAGUGGCUUGGAUGACUACUUCAGACACUUGGAGGUGGAGCUGAAUAAGUUGGAUGUGGUUCUGAUGGAGCCCCAUAAACAGUCACCCAAGACCAAGGCUCUGAGGACAGGCACCAGCCGGAGGAGGAAACGGAUGCUGGUCCAUCACCUGAGGCCAGCGGGGAAUGCGGAUGAGGUUUUGAGCCCCGUCACCACACCUGAGGACGCAGAAGACGUGCACCACAUAAAGCAUGUGGCGGGUUCUACCCAGACCCGACACAUCCCUGAUACUCCAGGAGGCAUCGCACUUUACAACUUCUCCAGACUGCUGCUUCUCAUCAGCCUCGUGAUCUGUAUAAGCCUGAUACUGCUGGUAUUUCUCAACGUAAUGUUGUUUUACAAGCUGUGGAUGUUGGAGUCCACCACACACAGUCUCACUGCAGCUCAGGGGUUCAGAGCACAAGACAGAACUCCUCAGACCCAGCUGGAAUGGGUGCAGCUCCUGGACUCCCACCAGCGUUACCAUGACGAUGAGCUCCAGAAGUGGAAAGAGAUAAUCAAAUCAUCUGUGCUGCUGCUCGAUGAGCUGAGAGAAUCCCUUUUUAACCUCCAUAAAAGCAUCGUCCUCAGGGAGCGCAACUCAGAGUCAGAGAAAAACAGGAACCAGUAUCACUGA